UCAUAGGGGAAGUGUUCACGACAUGUUGAGGUUUCCGCGAGCCAAUGUGUAUUUAUAGAUACAGAUUUAACAUUCAAAGAGAAAAGAUCGCCUAUCUACUGUCUCUACACGUGACUUUCACGUUGCCAUGGUAAUCAGUCACUCGCGCUCGUGCAUCACCACACGCCCGUGCUCGUACCCUCACUGAAUCCAUCGUCGAGGUCGAAAGGAAUUCAAAACGGCAAAAAACACUUCACACUUUUUUCGCAAAAAAGUCAAGAACUAAUACGGUUUUAGGGUUAAAGGAAGAGCUGUAACUAUAUAUAAUAAAGAGGAAGACGGACAGAAGUGGACAGAAGCAGAAAUGUCUGAUCAGUGUGAUCUGUGUCUGCUGGGACUGAUCAUUCUCUCUUCACUUCUCACAGGCACCAGUGGAGUGGAUGAUGAUCAUGUGUUCAUCAGUUCUGGUGUAAAUGUCCGUCUGUCCUGUAAUAAUGCUCUUUCUGACUGCAAAUCAACUACAUGGACCUACAGCAGCUUCAGUCGUUCACGGACAGUUGAACUGAUUAAAUUAGGGAUAAAGAAUAAAGACACAAAGAGACACGAGAGACUGAGUCUGGAGUCUGACUGCUCUCUGAACAUCAAGAACGUCACAGUAGAAGAUUAUGGAUUAUACAACUGCCAACAAUUUGUGAACGGACGACAACAAGGAUCUGAUGCACAUGUUUAUCUGCAUGUUCUUCAUGUUUCAGUGUCUCCAUCAUCAUCAUCAUCAUCAUCAUCUUCAUCCUCACAGACUGAGAUCAGUCCAGGCUGCUCUGUGACUCUCUACUGUCAGUUCUAUUCAUUUAUUACAUACUCCUGUGAUGAUCGGGUUCGUUCUGAGGGAGUUGAGCUGUUGUGGGUGAAUCAGGCUGGUGUUGAUCUGAAGACAGACUCCAGAUAUAAGAUAUCAUCAUCAUUACCAUCAUAUCGCUGUUUCAUCACUCUGACUACAACACUCCUGAAGGAAGAUAACAACAGAGAGUGGAGAUGUCAGCUUACUCACAGAAAUCAACUCCAAUACACUGUCAAGUAUUCAGGUGAUGUGUGUGAACAUUCAUCUUCUGCAGCUCCAGUCUCUUCAACAACACUGACUCCAGACACCACAACAAACUCUCUGAAUCCAGGUGUAACUACAACUACAUCAACUACAGUAACAGGACUUUCCACAGCAAACUCUCUGAAUCCAGGGCUUGUGGCUGUGAUUGUGAUUGUUGCCGCUUCAUUCGCUCUGGCUCUUAUUCUCUGGGUGAUUCGUAAGAAAAGAGCAGGCAACAGAAGAGGGACUGGUGACUCUGUGGGGCAGACAGAUGACGUGACUUAUACUGAAGUCGCUGCGUACAGUAAAAAACGAAGCAAAAAGGACAAGGUUCGCUGUGAUGAUAGAGUGACGUAUGCUUCCAUCAGAGGAGCAAAAGCUGGAGCUCAGGAGAACUGCAGUGAACUUUAUGCCUCUGUGAACAAGAACACACCAGUCAAAUAAUUAUACAAAACACACAUCAGCACAGGAAUAUCAAUCUAAUAUAACUCAUUCAUUAACAUGUUAACAAACUAAUUGUAGUGAAUUGUUGUCUUUUGUCCUCUUUGUGUUCUGGCUUUGAGUUCUAGCGCUUUCAGAACUGUUUUAAUAACCUUUGGUCUAGUUUUAAUUUAGCGAUAUGGAGCUAGCGUGACCAAUGGUACAUAUUUUCAGUAGUAUUUUCAGAGCGAUGAACUCACUGUUGAGGUUUUGGAAACUGAUGAGUGUGAGAACUCGUAGUUCGUUUAACCACACAUGCUAUUAGAGAAACACGUGUGGUUAAAGAAGAAAGAAAGAAGAGGAACUGACAUCUUAACUCUCACAGAACUGGUCAUCUCUGAACCCAGUUUGGACUGAACCUGGGAACCUGAACAUAAAAACAAUGUUGCAAGAGAAAACGAACUUCCAUAUAUCGCAGAUCCUUGAUGUAUUCCUUAACAUGCUUUUAUUGACCCCAAAUAAAUGUGUAUAAAUGGUCAGUGAAUUAAAUAUGAGUAUAUGUAUGUAUGUAUGUAUACUCAUGUUUAAUUUUAGGAUUAUUAAUUUUAAUUCAAUUUUAAGGAUUAUUAGGAACACCAUACUAAUACUGUGUUUGACCCCAUUUCACCUUCAGAAUUGCUUUAAUUCUACGUAAUUUUAAUGGUGAAAAUGCAUAGCUUUUCGAUCGAGGGAACCCAUGUGCUGCUAACUUCUGAGUUGUCCCACAAAGUGACAUCAUCACUUCAGCACUCUAUUGGCACUAAAGUGUGUCCAGAAAACAUCCCCACACCAUUACACCACCACCAGCAGCCUGCACAGUGGGAACAAGGCCCAUUUACUUUUUUAUGGUUUUUUACAAAUAUUUUAUUUUUACUGCUUUAUCUGCUAAUUUGUUACUGCUGUUCAGCUGAAAUAAAUGAUCAAAUCUUAAGAC